AUAUAAAGCGACGCCGUGACUGAAUUGCACGAGACGGACUUGGAUUGUCGCGAUGAAUGUAUCUCUAGUAUAACUAAAAUGAAAAUAACUUUAGUCGUGUGUUCAGUGCUAGUGUUACUGACAUGUGUCGAAAUAAAACCAGUGAAUUCUUUAAAUAUAUUAGGAUUGUUCCCUUUUCCAGGAAAAAGUCAUUUCUUCGUGUUUGAACAGUAUCUAAAAGAACUCGCCAGAAGAGGACAUAAUAUAACAGUGGUAUCUUAUUUCCCUCAGAAGGAUAAGGCCAAAAAUUAUCACGACAUAAGCUUAGCUAAUAGUUCGCAGAUUUUAGAAGAUGUGUUUGAAGUGAAAAAAUCAUAUUGGGCUUUGUUAAGGUUGAGUUUUGCUCUCGUAGAAUGGGGUACUGAUAAUUGCAGAGUUAUGCUUUCAAAUAAAAAUGUACAGAACGUUUGGAAGACAACAAAAUUCGACAUCGUUGUUACCGAACAGUUUAACAGUGACUGUUCUCUGGGAUUAGCACAUCAUUUAAAAUUGCCAGUGAUUGGGCUCGCUUCUCAUGCGCUGAUGCCUUGGCAUUACAGCAGAUUCGGCGUUUCUUUCAAUCCCUCUUAUGUAUCUCAUAUGUUUUUGAAUGGCGGAACCAAGCCUACACUAUAUGAAAGAAUUGAAAGAGUUUUAUUUGAUAGCUACUUAAGAUUAAUCUAUAAGUUUUACUGCCAAAGGAUCGAUCAAAAUACUCUGGCUCAAUAUUUCGAUGACAUACCACCCUUGGAAGAAUUAGGACGUAAUAUUAAGUUUCAAUUGGUUUAUAGUUAUUUUGUACAUUUCGGAUCCAGCCUGUACCCGCAGAAUGUGAUCGAAGUAGGUGGUUAUCACGUAAAAAAACCAAAGAAGUUACCUGAAGAUAUACGUAAAUUUAUUGAGGAAUCUCAACAUGGUGUUAUUUAUAUAAGUUUUGGAUCCAUGUUGAGAUCCGCUACGACACCCAGAGAGAAGAUAGAAACUAUUAUCAGCGCACUAAGAGAACUCCCGCAGAGAUUUAUUUGGAAAUGGGAAGAAGAUUCUUUACCCGGAAAUCCAUCAAACAUAUACCUAUCUAAAUGGUUACCACAAAACGAUAUUUUAAGUCAUCCGAAUGUACUGGCAUUUUAUUCACACUGCGGCCUCCUGGGUACGUCGGAGGCCUUGUAUCACGGUGUGCCAAUGUUAGCGAUGCCUAUUUUUGGAGAUCAACCGGGAAACGCGGCGGCCGUUGAGGAGAGCGGUCUCGGUGUUAAAAUUGAAUUUAUGGAACUCACGAAAAAGGAGCUAUUAGAGAAAUUUAAACAGAUUCUUAAUCCUGAGUUUCGUGCGAAGGUUAAGAUACUGUCACAAGCGUGGAAAGACCGGCCGAUCUCCGGUAUUGACGCUGCUAUACAUUGGACAGAAUUCGCCGCUCGCUAUCCAAACUUUACCUACAGAUCCGUAGCUGCAGAUGUACCCCUCUAUCAAUAUUUAGGUCUAGAUGUAUUAUUAAUUUUAUUCGGUAUACCAUUAUUAAUUAUUGUACUAUUUCUUCGUUACAUAUUCAACAAAAAGAAAACAAAUUCAACUUCAAAAAACAGUUGUGAGGAAUACUUAAGAGUUAGAAGAAGAAACAAGCUUCCAGCAACUCCUUGGUACGGAGUUCACGUCAGGCCGGCGCGCGAGCGGUCGACCGUUUACAACGCGAAAAUGAAUCUCCUGUUUACCUUCCUAAUAAUUGUAAUAGUAAAUAGUGCGAGUUGUUUAAACAUCCUUGGCAUCUUUCCAUAUCAGGGCAAGAGCCAUUUCUUCGUUCACAGAGUUUUUCUAAGAGAGUUGGCAAAACGAGGUCAUAAUGUUACAAUUAUUUCCCACUUCCCAGAAAAAGAACCGCCGAAGAAUUAUCAUGACAUAAGUUUGGCGGGAAGUAUAAAGAUAUUGGAAGACGAUAUGCCGGUGCACAGGUCUUACAUGACCGUUCUACAAGUUGGUGUAUUUUUGACUACAAGUGGAAAAGAAAACUGCGAAGUUAUGUUAGCAAAUAAAGAUGUGCAAAACAUGAUUAAGCAAAAACCCAAGUAUGAUGUUGUCGUUGUUGAAGUUUUUAAUAGUGAUUGUGCUUUGGGAAUAGCUUACAAGUUAAAUGCACCCGUUGUGGGAAUAACGUCUCAUAUAUUGAUGCCUUGGCACUACAAUAGGUUAGGUAUACCGUAUAAUCCUUCGUACGUGUCCUUCCAUUUCCUCGAAGGUGGAACUAAGCCGACGCUUAUACAAAGACUAGAAAGAGUAGUCUUCGACGCGUAUUUUAAAAUGCUUUACUAUUUUGUGUCACAAAGAAACGAUCAAAACACACUCGCAAGAUACUUCGACGAUAUACCUCCUUUAGAAGAUUUAGCGCGGGAAAUGAAAUUCUUGCUUUUGUAUCAUAACUUUAUUCUUACUGGAUCAAAAUUGUUCCCGGCUAACGUUAUUGAAAUCGGUGGUUAUCAUGUACAAGAAUCUAAGCCGUUAAUAGGUGAUUUGAAAAAGUUCUUCGACGCCGCGGAACAUGGUGUGAUAUACAUAAGUUUUGGAUCAGUUAUUAAAAGUUCGACAAUGCCGCGCGACAAACUCGAAGCGGUGUUGGGAGCUGUAAAGGAAUUGCCGCAGAGAUUCGUCUGGAAGUGGGAGGAUAAAACUUUGCUCGUCGAUAAAAAUAAACUUUAUCUCGCUGAUUGGCUGCCCCAAGUCGAUAUUUUAGGUCAUCCAAAAACAGUGGCUUUCCUAUCACAUGGUGGUAUGGGAGGGACCACAGAAGCAAUUCACUUCGGCGUACCAGUUGUAGCAAUGCCGGUCUUCGGCGACCAACCGUCAAAUGCUGCGGCGGUCGAAGAGAGCGGUCUAGGAGUGCAACUGCAAGUCAGGGACUUAACUAAAGAAAGUCUAGUCGCAGCGUUCAAAAAAGUUUUGGAUCCAAAAUUUCGCGCCAACGUGAAACUUUUGUCAAAAGCUUGGCACGAUCGUCCGAUGGCGCCGUUGAAUACGGCGAUAUAUUGGACAGAGUUCGCAGCGCGCUAUUCAAACUUCACGUACAGGACUGCAGCAGCUGACGUGCCCUUAUAUCAGUACCUCAAUCUGGACAUCGUUUUGGUGUUCACUACAUUACUAAUAUUACUACUGGCCACUUUGAAAGUUAUAGUAUCUCUUUGCUGUGGUAGUAGAAGAAAAGAGGUUCCGAGUAAAAAGGUUAAACGUAAGAAAAAUUAACUUUGAAUAUAAAUUUUUAAAUAUAAGAACUCCGUUUAAUA